AUGCUGUCCGCCCUCCUCCUCCUCGCGGCACCGUUCGUUUCUGCCGGUAUCGUCGCUCGUCAUGACGCCCAUCACGACGUGUCCCCCGGCCAGCUACCAACCACUUGGUACCACACCGACGAACACCCGGUACACAAGCUCUUCAAGCGCGGACCAGCCACAGAUGGCAUUAAUUACGCCGCUGUCGGCUCUCCCACUUGGGCUAGUGCCUACCCCCGCUCCUCGCCUGAUAUCUCCCAACUACCCCAGGCAUGGACGAACGCGCUCAGUCAAGCAGUUCAAGCAGGAAAAAUACCCGAUAUCCCAAAAACUACUAAUACUCCUCAAACCAACCCCUCCUACCCUUCUGGCACGAACCCCAUGGACCCCAGUGUCUGUUCGUCGACAUACAAAUGCAGGAUACCUGGUGACACAUGGGAUGCGCCGAACGGUGUAUUUGGUACAGGAUUUGAUGAUGGUCCGCAACCGGCUUCUGCCACACUUAAUAAGUUCCUCAAAGCUAAUAAUGAACGUGCGACACAUUAUAUGAUUGGCGUCAACAUCUUGAACAACGCUGGUCUAUUCACGGAGGCUUUUGAAGAACUCGAGAAUGAUAUCGCUGUUCAUACAUGGACCCAUCCCUAUAUGACCACACUGACCAACGAAGAAAUUGUCGGUCAGCUGGGGUGGACCAUGGAAAUCAUUCACAACUCAACGGGGGGUCGCCUUCCACGGUACUGGAGGCCCCCCUAUGGGGAUUACGAUCAACGCGUCAGGGCCGUAGCUCGCGAAGUCUUCGGCCUCGAGGUCAUUCUAUGGAACCAAGACACCGAAGACUGGAGUCUCACGACAGGUGGCACAUCGAUGGGCGCUGUUAAUGCGUCCAUGCAUAGGUGGCUGACUGGACCCAAGUCACCGGGCCUCAUCAUCCUUGAGCAUGAACUUUCGGACCAAUCAGUGCAAGCCUUCAUCAGUGCUUACCCGGAAAUCAAGGCGAACGGAUGGCGAACACUGUCCCAAGCGGAGAUACCUGGUGGCUCGGUGUACCAGAAUGAAGAUGAUGACGGCAAUGUGACCCCCAACCUCGUCGGCGCACAGGUCUCGAUCGCUCCAUCAUCAUCAAGUUCGACAUCUUCCUCGUCCGCUUCAACAACAGGUAGCUCCGGUUCAUCGACCACAUCAACCUCAGGCUCCACGUCAGCCUCCAGCUCUACGACGAGUACAACAGCAACUGGUAGCCCUACCAGUGCUGCAGCGAACAAUGGUGCUCCAUCUGACAUUGUUCACUCAUUGACGACCAUCCUUGUUGCAAUCAUUCCGGCGCUCUUUGUCCUUGUAUAA